CAGCGUCGAAAGUGGAAGCUGAAGCUCAUAGCAGAGCUCGAGUCUAGAGUCAUGGCUGAGCCCAUCCCUCUGCCAGCAGACCCAAUGGAACUGAAGAACCUGGAGUACAGGCCAGUGAAGGUCAGGGGGCACUUUGACCACUCCAAGGAACUGUACAUGAUGCCUCGGACGAUGGUGGACCCGGCCCGGGAGGCCCGGGAAGCCGGCCGCCUCUCUUCCUCGCCAGAGAGCGGGGCCUACGUCAUCACCCCCUUCCACUGCACAGAGCUGGGGAAGAAAGUGAAUCCGGAUACACGGCCCAAAGGCCAGAUCGAGGGAGAAGUGGACCUAGUUGGGAUGGUGAGGCUGACAGAAACCAGGAAGCCCUUUGUCCCUGAGAACAAUCCAGAAAGAAAUCACUGGCAUUACCGGGACCUGGAGGCCAUGGCCAGGCUCACAGGCGCAGACCCCAUUUUCAUCGAUGCUGACUUCAAGAGCACCGUCCCCGGGGGACCCAUUGGAGGGCAAACCCGAGUCACUCUGAGGAAUGAGCACAUGCAAUAUAUCAUCACCUGGUAUGGACUCUGUGCAGCUACGUCAUACCUGUGGUUUAAGAAAUUCCUACGUCGGACUUCUGGUGUGUGAGACUAGCAGAUGUAGCCCUUCCCCUAAAUUGUCAGGAAGUGGCUGAUUUCUGGAGAUGUUUUCAUGUGGGAUCAGCAACUAUUGGCAUAAAUAAAUCUCUGUGCUACGC